GGAUGAACUAUGAUAUCUUACAAUACUUCCAAUGUAAGGUAGAGGAUGUAUCGAACGCCCUUAACUUCGGAGGAUACUGGUUUGACAACCUGGUUCCAGGGUUAAAUGUGACACAGUGUCUCCAUCAAGAUUCCGAGAUACCAUACUACGUCUUCGAUAUAACUAUUUUCUUUCCUGUGGCAUGGAAUGAGGACAUGAAACACCGAAUUAUAACAACGGGCGAAGCUUUGAUGAGACAGGCAAUGAUGCAAUAUUACAUUUCGGGGAGUUUCCGGAUCAUAUCUAUCAGUGAAAUCGGUAGAAUGAAACGACAGACAUCAGGCAAUUUCAGCAGCGGUGGAUUUGUUGCGGAAUGUGAAAUCAAGGUUGCCAGUGCCAGUGCUGUAACUGUUCAGAGUGUGACAAACAACAUUACCGGCGUCAUAUAUAAUAGGAACAGUUCAAGUGUUUUCUAUGGCGCUACAGUCCAAGUAGCUAAAAAGAAGGAUGAACCAGGUCCUCUCGCUCAGUUUUCUCCAAUUUCUUCCAAUAUAUUUGCACAGUUUGCUAUGACAUGA